UGUGUAGCAGACGACACAGAAUUAGCGCCAGUGUUUUGUUGUUGACGCUGGGAUGGCGGGCUAUUAACUCGAUAAUGCCAGUAGUUGGUAUACUAUUGACUUCUGCGCUUACAGUUUGAACUUGUAAUGUCGUUAGUGAAAGUGGAUUACAAACAGCGUCUGGUCCGUCUCUUCUUCACGUGUUGUAUUUGUUAAGUUGAAGGGACCUGAAGGUUUAUCGGUUCUUGAGGAGUAAUACUUAGAAGGCGGGAGAGCGAAGAUCUUGGAGUUGGCGUUGUCAGACAUGGCUUCGGAAAAGGAGCAGUUGAUUUCCGAGUUGAGGCGGAGAAUAAGCAAUGUGGAGCCUCUACCCGAGGAACCAGACUUCGCCACGUCAGAAGAAACUCUUGCACGAUAUCUGAAGUCACGUGACUGGAAACUAGACGAAGCGGAGAAGCUGCUAAGAAACACGAUAGAAUAUCGCCGGAAGACCCGCCCACUGCACAGUGACUGUGUCUGGUGCCAUGACAGGCCGGGCUAUCAUUCAAUGAGACAAGUCGGUUUUGACGAGGUUGGCCGACCAGUUAUUUAUUCCAACUUUGCUCAAGCGGCAACUCACCGAAACACAAUGGAGGACUCCAUUUGUCACGUGAUAUAUCUUAUUGAAAAUGCAAAGAUCACCAUGAAGCCGGGCAUAUCAACAUGGGUGUUCAUUAUAGAUUGCACCGGUAUGACGUUAAAUUCAUGUAACCCCAAAUUAGGCUACGGCGUAACCCAGAUUCUGGCCAAUCACUAUCCGGAGAGACUGGGCAUGGUACUCUGUAUUAACCACAGCCCUGUAUUCCACGGAGUAUGGAAAGCCAUCAAGGUCUUCUUACACCAAAAUACCGUCGUCAAAAUGAAAAUGAUCAGAUCAAAACGGAAAAUAGCGCAGACUUUUUCCAAGUAUUUUUCAGACGAACUUUCGGACUGGAUGCUAGCGGAAAUAAAAGUCAAUAAACAGAGACCUCUGCCAAGGUCGCAGGCGUGUUUUUGGAAUGGCCCAAGCGACACAGGAAGUCAUGAUCCUCGAGGAUGUCAGUCAUAUGUUGCUCAAUUUAUCGAGACUUUCCCAUUGAAUAGCAGAGUUCCCAUGAAGCGGGUCCACAAGCCUCACCCCAAUAUAGUAGACAGUCUGGCCGGAAACGUGGAAAUAGUGCAAGCCUCACCCGAUGAAAUCCGAGAGCGCACGCGCGCUGAAACGGAAGCAGUCACCUGCAGCGAUAGUGAUGACGAAAUACAAGAUGGCGAACACGACUUAACUAUCUCAGAAGAGUUUCAAAUACCACACGACGCGGUACAUCUCAGCACAUGAUGCUAGCUGACGUAUAAGGAGACAUCCUGUCACGUGAUCAUUAUUCCGGGGUCGAACUGUUCAUUAUCACGGAAGUCAUCAGAGCUAGCCUGUGAUUAAAACUGAAGAGGAAAAAAGCGCAAUAAUGUAUAGAUGAUUUAAUCAAUGAUUUUUCGUCAAUUAAAACAAGUGAAGAUAUAAAAUGAUGUUACCGUG